CCCCACUAAUUUGGUUGUCAAAAUUUCAUCACUAAUCGCCAGACACAAUUGUGGAUCCAAUAUUUGCUCCAGUUUGUUCAGGUCGAUCCAUAAUUUUCAAGGUCAAAUUGAUUAUGAUGCACUCCACGUAGAAAUUUUUUGCUCGGUACAAGAUUUGAUUCGUGGACCUCUAAUUGUGCCAAUUCAAAUUCCUUUUGAGUUGCAAAUUUUCAGAGCGCACAUAAUGGGUAUUAUACGGAAAGUAACAUGUGCACCUUCUCCACCAACGUUACCCCCAAGAUGUGACGGAACCAAACCCGUGCAGUGGUUAGCUAUGGUAUGUGAGUAUUUCCAGUUUUAUGACGUCCCUUUAGUUGAUCGUUUGAACCGUGUGGCAUCAAUGUUAGAGGGCUCUGUAUUAGCUUGGUUUAAUUGGCGUAUGCGUGGUGGUUUAAUUGAUGGUUGGACGGAUUUUGUUGAAAAGUUCAAGAUUCGAUUUGCUCCGCUACAUGAUCUGGAUUAUAUUUAUUUUGAGAAGACACCAAAGAAUGUUAUAGACAAAUUUGCUCACAAGGUGGAAGACACCACCAUACUACCUACCCCGACUAUGGAGGAUGCACUUGAAGCAACGAAACUCUGCACUGGACCACGUGGUGAAGCUGAGGUGAGCAGUGUAUUUGAAGCCAUGAAUGAAGAUAACGGGAAGCCCAACACUGUGGAAGUAAUUGAUGAUGAUCGUAAGCAUGCAGGUGUUGCUAAGAAUUACAAGCUAGAUCCUACUUUUCAGGAUAUUGAUACCUCGCUUGAUGAAGAGUUUCUCAAAGUUGACAACUCAAUUUCAUUGGAUACCUUCAAGUUGUUUGACCUUGAUGAUAUUGAAAAGUUUGAAUAUCUAGCUCCCUUGCGAAUAGUCCGCUACCUGUUUGGUUUUGCCUCAACUAUCCUCUGCUCCGCUUCAAUUGUUGAGAUUUGUAAUGAUGGACCACCAGGGGGAGAUCUUCUUUGGCUCAACCAUUUCCCUUUUGUCCAGAAGCAUGAGUGGGAGCCUCCACCUUGAGGACAAGGUGGUUUUUAAGGGGGUG